AUGACUGAAAAUGAUUCUAAUCAAGUCACCGUCAGUGAGGGACCUGUUCCUCCGGCUCCCGUCGACCCAGGCAGCAGCACUGAAAGUCCGACCGCCGACAAAAUAGAAACCCCAGAUGACAAUUUAGUCCCAUCAGCAAGCUCCACAAGUACCACCAGCAGCGGUACAACCAACACCCCAGAUGACAACUCAGUCCCUGAAACAAGCCUGACCAGCGCCACUAGCCGUGGUUCGACCACCACGCCGGAUGACAGUUUAAACCCUGAAACAAGCCCAACCACCGCCACUACCAGUGUUUCGACCACCACCCCGGAUGACAAUUCAAACCCUGAAACAAGCCCAACCACCGCCACUACCAGUGUUUCGACCACCACCCAGGAUGACAGUUUAAACCCUGAAACAAGCCCAACCACAGCCACUACCAGUGUUUCGACCACCACCCAGGAUGACAGUUCAAACCCUGAAACAAGCCCGACCACUGCCACUAGCAGUGGUUCGACCAUCACCCCGGAUGACAGUUUAACCCCUGAAACAAGCACUACCACCGCCACUACCACUGGUUCGACCACCACCCCGGAUGAAAAUUUAACCCCUGAAACAAGCACAACGACCGCCACUACCAGUGGUUCGACCACCACCCCGGAUGACAGUUUAACCCCUGAAACAAGCACAACCACCGCCACUACCAGUGUUUCGACCACCACCCCGGAUGACAAUUCAGACCCUGAAACAAGCCCGACCACCGCCACUAGCAGUGGUUCGACCAUCACCCCGGAUGAAAAUUUAACCCCUGAAACAAGCACAACAACCGCCACUACCAGUGGUUCGACCACCACCCCGGAUGAAAAUUUAACCCCUGAAACAAGCACAACGACCGCCACUACCAGUGGUUCGACCACCACCCUGGAUGACAGUUUAAACCCUGAAACAAGCCCGACCACCGCUACUAGCAGUGGUUCGACCCCCACCCCAGAUGUAAAUUUAACACCUGAAACAAGCACAACCACCGCCACUACCAGUGUUUCGACCACCACCCUGGAUGACAGUUUAAACCCUGAAACAAGCCCGACCACCGCUACUAGCAGUGGUUCGACCCCCACCCCGGAUGAAAAUUUAACACCUGAAACAAGCACAACCACCGCCACUACCAGUGUUUCGACCACCACCCUGGAUGACAGUUUAAACCCUGAAACAAGCCCAACCACCGCCACUGCCAGUGUUUCGACCACCACCCCGGAUGACAGUUUAAACCCUGAAACAAGCCCGACCACCGCUACUAGCAGUGGUUCGACCCCCACCCCGGAUGAAAAUUUAACCCCUGAAACAAGCCCGACCACCGCCACUACCAGUGGUUCGACCACCACCCCGGAUGACAAUUCAAACCCUGAAACAAGCCCAACCACCGCCACUACCAGUGUUUCGACCACCACCCCGGAUGACAAUUCAGACCCUGAAACAAGCCCGACCACCGCCACUACCAGUGGUUCAAUCAUCACCCCGGAUGACAGUUCAAACCCUGAAACAAGCCCAACCACCGCCACUACCAGUGUUUCGACCACCACCCCGGAUGACAAUUCAGACCCUGAAACAAGCCCGACCACCGCCACUACCAGUGGUUCAAUCAUCACCCCGGAUGACAGUUCAAACCCUGAAACAAGCCCAACCACCGCCACUACCAGUGGUUCGACCACCACCCCGGAUGACAGUUUAACCCCUGAAACAAGCACAACCACCGCCACUAGCAGUGGUUCGACCACCACCCCGGAUGACAGUUUAAACCCUGAAACAAGCCCAACCACCGCCACUAACAGUGUUUCGACCACCACCCUGGAUGACAGUUUAAACCCUGAAACAAGCCCAACCACCGCCACUGCCAGUGUUUCGACCACCACCCUGGAUGACAGUUUAAACCCUGAAACAAGCCCGACCACCGCUACUAGCAGUGGUUCGACCCCCACCCCGGAUGAAAAUUUAAACCCUGAAACAAGCCCGACCACCGCUACUAGCAGUGGUUCGACCCCCACCCCGGAUGAAAAUUUAACCCCUGAAACAAGCCCUACCACCGCCACUACCAGUGGUUCAAUAAUCACCCCUGAUGACAGUUCAAACCCUGAAACAAGCCCAACCACCGCCACUACCAGUGGUUCAAUCAUCACCCCGGAUGAUAGUUCAAACCCUGAAACAAGCCCAACCACCGCCACUACCAGUGGUUCAAUCAUCACCCCGGAUGACAGUUCAAACCCUGAAACAAGCCCAACCACCGCCACUACCAGUGGUUCAAUCAUCACCCCGGAUGACAGUUCAAACCCUGAAACAAGCCCAACCACCGCCACUACCAGUGGUUCAAUCAUCACCCCGGAUGACAGUUCAAACCCUGAAACAAGCCCAACCACCGCCACUACCAGUGUUUCAAUCAUCACCCCGGAUGACAGUUCAAACCCUGAAACAAGCCCAACCACCGCCACUACCAGUGGUUCAAUCAUCACCCCGGAUGACAGUUCAAACCCUGAAACAAGCCCAACCACCGCCACUACCAGUGGUUCAAUCAUCACCCCGGAUGACAGUUCAAACCCUGAAACAAGCCCAACCACCGCCACUACCAGUGGUUCAAUCAUCACCCCGGAUGACAGUUCAAACCCUGAAACAAGCCCAACCACCGCCACUACCAGUGGUUCAAUCAUCACCCCGGAUGACAGUUCAAACCCUGAAACAAGCCCAACCACCGCCACUACCAGUGGUUCAAUCAUCACCCCGGAUGACAGUUCAAACCCUGAAACAAGCCCAACCACCGCCACUACCAGUGGUUCAAUCAUCACCCCGGAUGACAGUUCAAACCCUGAAACAAGCCCAACCACCGCCACUACCAGUGGUUCAAUCAUCACCCCGGAUGACAGUUCAAACCCUGAAACAAGCCCAACCACCGCCACUACCAGUGGUUCAAUCAUCACCCCGGAUGACAGUUCAAACCCUGAAACAAGCCCAACCACCGCUACUACCAGUGGUUCAAUCAUCACCCCGGAUGACAGUUCAAACCCUGAAACAAGCCCAACCACCGCCACUACCAGUGGUUCAAUCAACACCCCGGAUGACAGUUCAAACCCUGAAACAAGCCCAACCACCGCCACUACCAGUGGUUCAAUCAUCACCCCGGAUGACAGUUCAAACCCUGAAACAAGCCCAACCACCGCCACUACCAGUGGUUCCACCAUCACCCCGGAUGACAGUUCAACCCCUGAAACAAGCCCAACCACCGCCACUACCAGUGGUUCCACCAUCACCCCUGAUGAAACAAGCCCAACCACCGCCACUAGGAGUACACUGAUCAGAACCCCAACCACCACCUCUCCAGUCCCUGAUAAUAUUACAGAAGAGGCAAUCCGAAUUUCAGCCAGGAUAGCUGUGGCAGUUUCCACAACAGCCACAUCAGCAGCAGCAUCGUUGGCGAGCUCGGCCGCAAGAGCAGCAGCCACUGUUUUGGGAGUAGCCUCGGAAGCAAGACCGUCCGUACAGUGGGCUGCGAACGCCGCUCUCAUAGCUGCCAGCGCAGUCAGUAAUUUUCUACAAGGCAGAAUUAGCGAAGCAGCCACGGCGGCAGCAGCGAACAAUGCGGCGGUUGCCGCUGCAAACGUUUCAAGAACAGUGGCGGAAACUUUGCCGAUAGCAGGUGGCGACCUGUUUGCGCAGCAACUCGCGGCGGCGGCGGAAAAUGCUUCAGCCAUAGCAGAAUUAGCAGCAACUGUGGCAGACUUGGCAGCCAAUGUUAGUGCUUCUGGAGUCACCGUAGAGAGCGCAUUUGACAUCAUCGCGCGGGCUAGAAUGGCAAAUCAAGAGGUUGAGAUUGCGGCGCGACGACUCCGAGAGUUACUGAAUUCGCAAAGCUCACGGGCAGAUGUAGAGAAUGACAUAAGACGAGCCAUAGAGGCAGCUAACGGUACCGCUGCGUUGGCAGAACAAGCAGCAGGCGAGGUACAAGAGGCGCUCGACGCGGCAGAUCGAGCCGCUGCGCCGACAGGAGGAGCUCCAGAAGCCGAGGUAGCUGGUCAGUUAGCUACGCUACUAGCGGCAAAUGCGGCACAAAGCGCAAGUGCGGCGGCACGGAUGGCGGCGGGAGCUGCGGAGGUAACGUUAGAAGCGGUUCAUGCUUCACGACAAGCCUCACUAACAUCCGCAGCACUGUCCCUCGCCAUUGCGGUGGCAGAAGCUCCAGGUGGAGAUUUAGGCAGCCUUAUUGCCAACGCCUUCCAAAGAUCGGACGAAGCUAAUGAGGCAGCAUUAGCGGUCGCACAGGGACGUGCCGGCCCGCAGGAGGCUCGAGAAGCAGCGGAAAAUACGGCGGACGCGGCAGAAGCUUGGGCCGCUGCGGUAAACUCGAUGGUGAUGGGACGGAUCACAGACAUGGCUGCAAAUAUAUCGGCCCGAGCGGCAGCGUUGGCCGGACAAAUCACAACAGCGGACACGGAUCAAUUUCCCGACGUCGCAGCACGAUUCAUAAUAUUAGCCAUGGAUGCCGAAGAAUUAUUUUCAGGUCAAGCCUUAGAGGUCGCCCGACUGGCAGGAUAUACGGGAAGUUUAGCAGCAAUUGUGGACAAUCUGGUUGGCGCGGAAACAUUGGCAGGUUUUGCAAAUGACACAACAAACGCAGCAAGGCGAAUGUCAGAAAGCAUCCCUUUAGCACCAUCGGAAGCAGUCCGAGUGGUGCGAGAAACCGCCUUAGCGUCCACAGCGCUGUCUCUCGCGGUCGUUUUGGCCGAAACUGCUGGACACGAUCUGGGCAACCUCACCGCCAUUGCCUGGCAAACUGUGGACGAAGCUAAUGAAGCAGCAUUAGAGGUUGCGGAAGGACGUGCGGUCCCGCAGGUGGCUCGAGAAGCUGCUAUGAGAGUGGCUGAUGUGGCAGAGGAGCUGGCCACGGCUUUAAACAUGAUUGGAAGGCCAGACCAGGCCACCAACAUGUCGAUCCAAGCAGCGGUGCUGGCUGCACGAGUUACAACUGCAGAUCCGGACCAAUUUCAAAGUGUUGCGGAACAGUUUGUGGCGUUGGCAAGAGAAGCUCAAGAGUCACUCUCCAGCACCUUUCCACAAGCAGCAGAGGUGGCCGAAUUGGCAGAACUUACAGGAGUUUUUUCAGUAGCUGUGAACGACUUCAGCGAUGCGCGAACGUUAGUCAAUCUGGCAAUGAACACAGCAACAGCAGGCAGGGAGAUAGAAAAUCUUCCAGGAAGAUCUGCCUUGGACUCGGCACGGAACUAUCUGGUGGCUGGCUUAACGGCCUCGGCCGCCGCGUGCACCGCCAUGUGCUCGGCAGCGGCCGCCGCUGCCGGAGUUAUAUCGGAGGUUGGAGCGGCGUUGACUGUCGCGCAGGAAGCGGCGAACGCCGCUGCUGCGCUGAGCAAUCGUACAGGUGACAUCAACUCAACGGUCGACACCGGUGUUGCAGCGGCCGAUGGAGCUAGUGACGCCGCUCGCGCCGCAGUGAACGCAUCGCGUAGUAACUCCUCGACAGCAAUGCAGAUGGCGAACUUAGCCACGGAGGCGGCCGCCACCGCGUCCAGGGCAGUGUCAGCCGCACGAAACCUAACCUCUGACGCGGUCCCUGCGCAAACUGUGAUGGACGUCGCCCGAGUGGCCAGAGAAGUCCAUGCGACCUCAGAAUCGUUUCUCACCAGGCUGGAAGAAAUGCUGAGCGAUUCUCCGCCCUCCUCAUUGGUGAAUCAGCUAGCCGUCCUGGCUGUGACGGUCCCAACGGAUGCAGCUGCCACGGCCGCCGCGCGAGUUGCGGAUCUGGCCGAGGCUGCGGUGUCCCAACCCAACAACAACACAGCGGAGACAAAAGCUCAGGCGUCCAUGGCGGCUUCCAGUGCGUUAUCCUCAGUGAGAACGGCCAGGUCGGCGGUGCUCGUCAUCAGGGAAACGAGCGCCGCCGCCGCCGUCUGCUCACCGGCAUUUACAGCUGCGCUCGGUGCCGCCGCUUUCUUGUUACUAUUGUGA